AUGCAACAAUCCAGCUCGCGACCAGACUCGUCCAUCUCAGCCAAGCUCCACAAGACCAUCGCCGACUACGGCAGUCUCCCCCUCGAAGGCACAGGCGCCGUCAAGGUCGACGACCAGAACCAGACACAAGAUCUGCAACCGACCCCGGACACCCUCCUCGCCAUGGUCCUCGACGCCCUGCUCAAAUCGACGCGCAUCUCGCACGACCUCGCGCAGAAGACACUCAGCGCGGUGAUCCGCGCCGGAUACCAUGACAUUGACACCCUGAGCGCAAGCACCUUCGACGACCGUGUCAGAGUGCUGUCCGAAGGGGGGUACAAUCGGUAUCGGGAGCAGACGGCGACGCGGCUGGGGGAGUUGGCGGAGUUGGUGGAGGAGAAGUACGACGGCGACCUAAACAACCUCCUCCACCAAACCUCCUGCCAGCGGGACCAGAUCCGGCGCCGGCUGAAAGAGAUCAACGGCAUGGGCGACCUCGCCGUGGAGCUGUUCUUCGACAACGCGCAGGCGGUGUGGCCGUGUCUGGCGCCGUUUGUCGACUCGCGCAGCCUGGCGACGGCGGAGGAGGUGGGCAUCGGUAGGGAUGUCGAUGCCAUGUACGCAGAGGUGGAUCGUGAUCCGGUCGAGAUGAGCAGGUUGGCGAGGGGGUUGUCGGAGGUGAGGUUGGAUAAGAGGCAGAGAGAGAUUGCGCAGGGGGUAUAG